CUCGGCUCAGAAAGCAGCAGCUCCAGUGGAGGUUCAGGCUGUCAGCUAGCACAGUAGCCAUACAAGGCUUCAUGACAGAGGUUACCGAGUUGACCAGCGGCAUCCCAACAGACAAGCCCCUCUCGUCGCCACUGCACACUGGACACCAGGCAGACCCACACCGCUGCCCCGCUCUCCUCAGCUCGCCUUCGUGCUCAAAGUCAGUCAAUGCUGCGAUCCCGCUACCAGCUAGCAGACUGAUCUGACUGUGUUAUACUGCCGCUUCAUGAUCCAAGCCAGCUGAGGAUCAAAACAAGGACAAUCGCUCAAAGUUUAAGCGGCGUUUCUAUUUGACCGGCCAGGAUCCCGCAGCUGGGAGACACACGGGCCCCGGGGAGAGCGACGGGACUCGGGGGCCAGACAAUCAGAGCAGCGAGGGUGGUGACUGGAUAAACUAGGGGGUCGCCUCCAGCUCCUGGUGGAUUCAUCCCCUGCCAGCUAACGUUAGCUAAGCUAGCUACAAACAGCGCCAUGGAUUGGUUAAUGGGGAAGUCGAAGACGAAGCCAAAUGGGAAGAAGCCUCCGACAGAAGAGAAGAAGCAGUACUUGGAGCUGGAGUACACAAAAGUCCGCGUGGUGGACUUUGACCUCAAGGAGCUGGUGGUGCUGCCCAGAGAGAUAGACCUCAACGAAUGGCUCGCCAGCAACACGACAACGUUCUUCAAUCUUAUCAACCUGCAGUACAGCACCAUCUCAGAGUUCUGCACUGGAGAAACCUGUCAAGCCAUGACAGCCUGCAACACAAUAUACUACUGGUAUGACGAGAGGGGGAAGAAGACGAAGUGCACUGCUCCACAAUACGUCGACUUCGUAAUGAGUCUUUGUCAGAAACUGGUCACAGAUGAGGAAAUCUUUCCUACAAAAUAUGGCAAAGAGUUCCCCAACUCCUUCGAGUCCUUGGUAAAGAAGAUCUGCCGGUACCUGUUCCACGUGCUGGCUCACCUCUACUGGGCGCACUUUAAAGAGACGGUGGCUCUGGACCUGCAGGGCCACUUGAACACUCUGUAUGCACAUUUCAUCGUUUUCGUAAGGGAAUUCAACCUGGUCGACCCCAAGGAGACCUGUAUCAUGGACGACCUGUCCGAAAUCCUCUGCACCCCAGCCCCCCCACCUGCGCCCACCCCAGCCCCUUCCGCCCCAGACUCAGCGCCCUCCCCUUCUUCACAAAACCACGUGACGGAGAGAUGAGCGGGGGCGGCGACGAGACAUCAGCCCCGGGGGUGAUUGAAGAUCAGAUAGAGGAGAGAAGGAAAGACAGCCUGGCCCCCUUCCUGGGCGCCAGCAGGACUUAAGAGACCUUCCACUACCCUUAUAUUUCGCUACAACACCAACCUACCAGCCGGAAGGAAGGGGGGGAGGGUUUUCGGGGGGUUUGGGGUGGCGGGGAGGGGUUUGUCACGCCAGCAGGAAUUGGCGUGAGCGUUCCUCCCAGGGGCAAAUCCCUCCCAUCUUCUCUGCAGUUUAAACUAGGAACAAAAAAGUAUGUGUAUGUUUUAUUUCUUUUGGUUUUAUUUCACUUUUUUUUUAUUUUUAAGUUUAAUAUUUUGUUGUGGGAGGGGGGUGCAGUGUGUCCCUUCACCUCCCUCUGACCUCUACCUAACAUACAGUACAGGAAGGGGGCUCUGCUUUGCUUCAACCUACUAUUGUACAGUGCUGUUGAUGUGUGGAGAGAGGCGUCCCCUCCUCCCUGCAGGCGCACGGCCACUACGCUGGCCAAUAGGGAGCCACGUUACUGCCUGGCGGGGCGAUACUAGCCAAUCACUGUUUGGGUUGUUUUUGUGGGGGAUGAUUAAAGCGCUUCCUACUCAGGACCUGAGAGAAUACGUCACUGCUGCCAGAGAGAAUUUCACUCUUUAUUUCCCCUAUUCUCGGUCCCUUGUUCACCAGACUGCUCAGUCCUUCAUGACAGAUGUUGAUCGUGUUUAACUAGUCACAUUAUCGCCCCUUACAAACAUGUCCCAGAGCCCCCCUCUAGAGGGCAGCACACACAAAGAGCAGGCCACAGAUACAGGGAGAAGAACAAAUAAAGAUUGUAUGUUAGAUAAUUAAUCUGAUCAGAGAGGUGAUGCUUUCAGACAGACUGAGGCAGAAUCAGAGCAGUUUGCUGGUGUUCAGCAUACCAGAAGCCCCCCCAGAACCACCACCACCACCACCACCCGCUCCAGCAGCACAGAAGGACAAAGACAUGAGGUAAUGUCUGCAGGCCCACAGAGGCAGAGAUGGAGACAGACAGAGGGGUGGGAGUGGAUGGUGAGGAGCUGCUCUGCUGUGUAACAGUCACCAGUACUCCCAGUGCAAAAAUAACAAAAAUCUCCACUUCUGGAUUAUUGUUUGACCUCUCCCUUUUUACAAUUUGCUUUUUAAAAAAGAUUAUCAGAGGAAGAUUAGUUCAGAGAUAAAAACAAUAAUGGUAUCAUUACACAUGUAUAGAAAAUGCACAGUCUGCUUGGACUUUACUGUACAAAGAAUCGCAUUCGGGUUCGGUCAGACAUAGCCUCUGUAUGGAGGAGGAUUGGGUUUAUAAUUCUCCUUUUUUAUUUAUUUUUAUUUUAUUUUUUUUGCAGGGUUCUUCAGUUUUGGCUCUCGUUUUUAUGUAUUUUAAUUAUUAACUAAGUUAAAAGCAAUUUAAUAUUUUAAGCUCUGCGGAUUAUAAUCUAAUAAAAGAGAGAAAUGCCA